UAGACACCCCAAGGUAUCCACACUAUGUAGAUAUAGUUUAUCGAUGAAAAAUAUCUUACAAGAAAUAGUUUUUAACCUUGACCUCUUGACCCAUAACCCUCCAUGUAAACACGGAAAGGGGACUGUCAUAUCAGCUGGUCAUGUGCUGUAGUUUCACUUACCGAUAAGAAGAUUACGGAAUCAGGAGCCCUGCAGAAUGAGUUGUCCAAGGAGAAGCUGUCUAGCCUUACGGGAAGAAUUCCGCUUGAAGAGGUUUGGCUUCGGCGAUGUUUACCGAGGAAGGUUUUUCAUGUGGCAGUGGCGUAUUCCCCCAAUUCUGUAUCUACUGUACCGCCUUGUGUUGGCGGUAUACGUGGACGUAUGGCUCAUCUACCUCACUGCUGGGUCAGGCAGUAUGGACUUGCCGAAUGGUCUAUCUAUGGCAGCCUUCUUGACCAUUUGGACCUACACUGUGCUAGCACUGUACAUGACCACAAACUUUGUUGCAGCAUUCUUUAACUACUUCUGUCUCCGACGCCAGGACACCCACUUCAUGAGAAGGCCGCCAUCGGAAGGCCAUCAGAACAUGUUCCCAGAAAUCAGCACUGAUCCCUGGAUGGUUUCCUCGGGUUACGAAGCCGUCCCAGACUCGGAUGAAGAAGUGGAUAUUCGUCUCUAUCGGUUACCAUGGUACCUCAAAAUUGUCUGGAUUCUGUUUAAUGUUGUAUCAAGCUCUUCUGUCAUGGUUACGAUUAUUUUUUUUGCGGUCCUGUUUCCUGAGAUGACCGGAGCGAAAGUUGGUUCAAUGGAUAACGUACAACUUCACAUGCUGAAUUCUGUUAUUGUGGUUGUUGAGCAUCUUGUGUCGGCAAUUCCGAUCCGAUUACUUCACGUCAUCUACCCAAUAACAUACGGUCUGGUAUAUGUAUUCUUCAGUUUAUUUUACUGGAUUCCAGAUCACAAUCAUGUCAUGUAUCCUAAAGUCCUGGACUGGAAUCAGCCCGGGUUGACGAUAGGAAUGAUCUGCCUCAUUGGGUUCGUCAUCAUACCCGUUCUUCACUCCGUUUUUUAUCUGAUUUAUCAAUUGAAAAUGGCCAUUUACAAGAGACUAGUUUAAUAGUGUCUUUCAACCAUAUAUUCUUUAUUUUUUUAACAUGUAUACCAUGUGCACUGAUAUAUAUUUUAUAAUGUCUUAGACAGGUUUUAUAGAGUACUUUAAAUUAGUAGUCGUAACUAGGGAAAUAAUUACUUGAAAAAAACGAUUGUCAGUUGACUGAAACAUUAUCUUUAUUCAAACAUAAAAGUCAGAAUGAGUUUAUGCCUGGUUAGAAAAAAAUGCGAACAUUAGUGACUUGUAGUGUAACCAUGGAGUUAUAGUGAAUUUUUGUCAUUGAACAAUAUAUCACGUGCCUAACCAUGGGUCCGGGUAGUCCUGUGGGUACCUGGAUUCUAUUCAGUACCCACCCGAACCCGAGUCCCCGAGGUACCCGUUGCCUUACUUUGUGCUAUGAUACACAGUUGGAUAGGAAAUCCUCUCACAUAUACUAUUAUACAAUAUGUAUAUCGAUGGACACACUUCCAUCAAUAUGAAUAGCCAUAGAUCCGAUAUAGGUCAUAUCAAAGUGUAUAUCCUCCAGUGGGUUCCUGGUUGGUAUAGUCUCCCAGUAACCUAUGCCAGACAUGAGGAGUGGUACAAUGAUUUGGUACCGCAAUAGUAUUAUGGUAUUAUGAUGUGGGUUCGAUAUGCAGAUUUCCUUGCCUUUUUCAGCUUUAUGUGAGUGAGUGAGUGGGUGGGUGAGUGAGUUUGGUUGGUUGUGUGAGUGAGUAAGUGAAGGUUAACACCACUUUCAAUAGUUUUGCUUUUUUAGCUUUAUUUGAGUGUGUUUGGUUGGUUGUGUGAGUAAGUGAGUGAAGAUUAACACCACUUUAAAUAGUAUUGCUUUUUUUAGUUUUGUGUGAGUAAGUGAGUUUGGUUGGUUGCGUGAGUAAAGGUUAACACAACUUUAAAUAGUACAGUAAACUAAGGUUAUAACGAACUCAAAGGGACCACUAAUUUUAGUUUGUAAUAACCGUAGUUCGUUAUAAGCAUAUAUACAGCAUAACUAU